GUGUAAAGUGGUCACGUGCCGACAACAAACAGUCACGUGAGCAGAGUUCCGGGGAAAUCAAGCAGAAGAUGAAGGUCGUGUUUGUUUUCGUGGCGAUCACAAUAGUGAGUGGACAGGACCCGACCACCGUCUGCCUCCCCCCACAGAUACAAGCUGGCUUCUUCAACUUCAUCGACAACAGUUAUGGCAGCUACGCGGCAGACUUCAGUAGGGGUCAGGCGGCAAAGUUUGGGGCCAAUGACGACCCCAGGACAGUCUUUGAUCUUAGAACGUUUUUGGCCUACAACAUAACCAAGGACGACAACUGCACUGUGUACAGGAUGGACAGCUCAGAAGCGAUCUUUCAGUGUUUGCCGCCUACAGCCUACGUCAUUAGCCCUAAUGGCACCCAUCUGGGUGGUGGCGCUGACGUCCUUGACGUGCAGACAUGGGAGCUUGACCUUGGCCAGGACACGACCAUGAGGCUGGCCUUCACGCUUGGCAGCCCACGCCUCCCAUUGGUCCGUCACAUCAAACGUACCGGAAGUGGAAGCCCCCUAGCGGUCAUCAUCUUUUACAACCCGGUGACCCAAGUUGACCCAGCAGUCUUCACACUACCCCGCUCGUGCUUCCAUUCUAAACUCAGACCCAGGCUAUAAACAAGAUGGGAUUGCACACAACACAUAAACAAGAUAGAGAUUUACACAAUAAGUAAGCAACAUGGGAAUUCACACAAUAAAUAAACAGGGAAAAACACAAUAAAUAAACAAAACAGGAAUUUAUACAAUUUACACGCUGGGAAUUCACACAAUAAACAAGCUGGAAAUUCAUAUAAUAGCUAAACACAGAGCUGUCUUACAUCCUACCUCAUACAGUCAAAAACAGUACUUGGAUAUCAUUCAAGAUGUUACUUUUAUUUUUAUGUUUCUUACUUUUAAAAUAAAGCCGAAAAAAAAGCUUUGAUAUUUUGAGACACUAAAAUCACCAAA